GCUCUCCGCAUCUUUUCUUCUACAACCUCUCUCAUUCGUAGAAAGGAGUGUGCGAGUUAGUUUUGCCCCAAUCGCUCUCCGCUCUCUCAAAUCGAGCAAUUUUAUUUAUAAAAAUAAGAAGGGAAAAAAAUGUCCCAGGCGCAUCAGCUCUUACCCAUAUUUGUGACAGAUAUGAGCUUUCUCUUGGAUUUUUUGUGGAAGAAAUUGUGAAAUGUGUAUUUGUGGAAUAUAAACAAUUUUUUUAUUUCAAAAUAAAUAAAUUAAUAAAAAUUUAAAAUAGUGCUUAAAUAGUGUUGUGCAACCAAAUGGAAAGGGAUACGACUAUAAACCUCCUAGUGCUAUUUUUUGUUCUGUGCGCUGUGUCCUUCCCCUGCUGGGGGUCUGCGUCCCCUAUUACAAAUAAUAUAGGUGGUGCUGGAAAUGCGACAGAAAUUACAGAGCCACCAGUUGCAUUGGUGGGAGUAUCUGGUUCGGCGAUGGAUUUGCCUUGUAACAUCACUGCCCCAACUCCUGACGAUUCAGUAGCCCUAGUCCUGUGGUACAAGGAUGAGUCCACGACACCCCUCUACAGUUUAGACGCGCGAAGAGGUCACCUAGACCAAGCUAGGCAUGCGGCGAGCGAUCUCUUAGAUGGUAGAGCUUACCUGAGUAUAACACAUCGACCUUCAACCCUUCGUCUGAAGCCGUUGAUGGAAGAGGACGAAGGACAAUAUAGAUGCAGAGUCGAUUUUAAAAAAGCAAGGACGAGAAACUUCGAUGUUAUUCUCACUGUAGUUGUUCCACCUAAAAAACCAAUGAUUAUGGAUCAGAAUGGAGAACUAUUUCACAGCCUGAUUGGUCCUUACAACGAAGGAGACCGACUGUUCCUUGUUUGUGAAACGGAAGGAGGUAAACCCACACCUUCUCUGACGUGGUGGAGAGAGAGUGUCCUCCUGGAUGACAGCUACGAAGUUAGUGCUGAAGGGGUGGUCAGAAAUGAAAUCGAAAUAACAUCACUUCAGAGGCAUGACCUGAUGGCUGUCUUCACAUGCCAGGCUUCCAACAACAACCUCACGGUACCAGUCUCCAAAUACGUCACUGUAGACAUGAAUUUUCGACCUUUAGAAGUGUCCAUUGAAGGCAAUCGAAGACCCCUUUCAGCUAACAAACCCGUGGAGCUUGUGUGCCGAGCAACGGGAUCCAGACCACCAGCCUCCAUCAGUUGGUGGAAAGGGAACACCAAGAUGAAGAGGACGAAAGAGAGGAUAUCCAUAGAUGGUUAUGUCACCACCAGCAUACUCAUCUUCACUCCGACGAGCGAAGACAGCGGCAAAUAUUUAUCCUGUAGAGCUGAGAAUCCUUUGAUACAGGGGAGUGCCAUCGAAGAUGGCUGGAAGCUUGACAUAAACUAUGUACCACAGCUGACGCUCCGUCUCGGGAGCAAGUUAAGGCACGCCCACAUUCAAGAAAGUAAUGACGUGUACUUCGAAUGCAACAUCAGAGCCUCUCCUUGGGUGUCUGAAAUCGGAUGGAAAUUCGAGGAUCGUGAACUCCACACAAAUACCACCAACGGUAUAAUAGUUUCCAACCAGAGUCUGGUUCUGCAGAAAGUGCAAAAAUUUAGUCGUGGUAAAUAUACUUGUACAGCCACAAACAGUGAAGGAACCGGUGAAAGCAAUGACGUCUUUCUUAGAGUGCAAUAUGCUCCCUUCUGCAAGCCUGGACAAAAAAUAAUCUACGGGGCUGCCAGGCACGAGGCAGUCCGCGUCGUCUGUGAAGUUGAAUCAGAUCCGAGAGAAGUUUCUUUCAAAUGGCAAUUCAACAAUACAGCGGAAAGUCUGGAAGUGGUGACUUUUGUAAAUGACGGCGUAACAUCGACCGCCACAUACAUUCCAAGAACUGAAUUCGAUUAUGGAACACUACUGUGCUGGGGUACAAAUAUUGUAGGAUCGCAGGUUGAUCCGUGCAUUUACACGAUAGUACCAGCAGGUCCACCUGAUUCAGUUGAAAACUGCAGUGUUACCAACCAGACAGAAGAUGGCAUAUCUGUUGAAUGCAGUCCAGGUUAUGACGGCGGACUGCAACAGCAGUUUGUCUUAGAGGUUCAUGAUACCGAGCUGCAUAGGUUGCAGGCCAACCUCAGCUCAGAACACCACCCUAUGUUUCAGGUCCGGGGUCUGGGAUCAGGAACGACCUUCGUUGUAGUCGUCUAUGCCGUCAAUGCCAAAGGGAGGAGUCAGGCAGUCGUCUUGAGGACCAACACGUUGCCAGGACCCGAAAGUCAAACAAGAAGAGAUAAUGUGUGGCAAGUCAGUUUUAGUCCAGUGUUGAUUGUGCUGAUGUCCAUUGUGGCAGGUCUUGUCUUCGUUGCCAUGAUAGUUGUCAUCGCUAUGAGGUGCAAAAUAAGACAUGAAAGGCACAAAGGUCAAAUACUGGCAAGGAAGGCUUACAAACUUCAGCCUGGUUUGACCAAAGACGAUGAUUUUAAUGAGGCAAGUAAAAGUCCAGGUGAAGAAAAAGGUCCAGAUAUCAUUCCAGAUGUGAGCAUUCCUUCGGAGCAAAGUGCAGAAGAAGGUCUAAAUAAACAGUUUUUAACAGAUGCAGCUAGUUUGCAGCUUAUGGGAGUGAAUGGAUUAGGCCAAACUAUAACAACAAUUAGUAGGCCUAGACAGAUGGACAUGGAAUCUGAAGCUGCUUUAAGAGACUUUUCACAUAUCACACCACAGAAACGAGUUAAAGUCUUACCUAUGGAUGAAUGCGCAACACUACAUAGGCCCUAUGUCAAGAACAUUCAGACCGACGUCUAGUCCAAUAUGAGCUGCCAUUUCUGAGAAAUAUGCCAUUUUUUUGACUCAUUUGUGAUCAUGCGCAGUCAGGUUCGAAGCAUGCCAAGUAGGAGGUUGGCGGGGACACAGAGAUUCUUCAAUAAACUCAUUUUAAGACGACCCUUUAUUUGAACAAUCAAAUCGACAUGGUGGCAACGUGCCGAAGCUGAAUUCUCUCCCGGAGUUAGUGACAUAAUAGAUACUCAUUGAAUAUAUCAACUGUGUUGCAUAAAUAAAUAAAAAAAAGACUUCAUUCCUAUAAAUAAAACUAUCAUGAACUGAGAACGAAAAGACUGAUUGUGUAUAUUUUAUUGUAAAUAAGAUACUUAUUAUAUGGGAUGUUGUGGAUACAAGGACAAUUACCCAAACAGAAAAAGAAAAAAAAUUGCACUUUUUUGUGAAUAUGGGCAGAAUGUCCCUAGUCCCACAACUUAUUUUUGUAUACGUUCUUCUGUCCAUGAUGGAUAUUUGUUUUUAAUAAAGUUUCUCAGGGAAACUA